CCUCAAGUCCUAAUAUUUUCGAAGGAACAUAAUGGCCUCACGUCGUAUGACUGGCACUGCCCCGAAUCAAAUUUGCUCAUUUUCCAAAGGACCACUCAGCCCCGUUAUUCUAAGCACUAAUAACCCUUGCUCGCUGUGCUGUUAGUGACAACUCAGGCACGUGCAUAGCGAAGGAUGGCGCUUGUGAAUACGCUUGUCUCGAGCAUAGUUUCCGAUGCGAAGCAGCGAAUGGCGGAGGUAGGUUUGAACCACGGUUCGCUGAGGAUCGGGCCGUGUGGUGAUCCUUUCAGCUACGGCAUUUGGUAUGUAAAGCUGAGCCAUCCCAGCGACGAUCUUGAUUCAUCGCCCGCUACACUUCGUUUUCUUCACAAGACUCAGGAUGCAUUCAUCUUUGUUCACGUUGUUGAUGGUGGCGGCCUCCGGCCAUGCCUCUUGUGCCCGGGCUACGCGCAAGUUCUCUCUCAAGACCACUUACGACUCCAGCAACUUCUUUGAUCAAUUUUACUUCAGAGAUGCUGCCUACUACGAUACUAUUGACCCUUCCUACGGAGGUGAUCCCACUCACGGAUCAGUCAACUACUUGAGCAAAAACAAAGCUCAAUCUGCCGGUCUUGCCAAAACAACCAACGGCCAAGUUUACGUCGGCGUUGACUCUGUGAACAAGGCUAAACUUCUCGGUUCAAGCAAGACCAGACAUGGCAGAGACAGUGUCCGUCUGGAGUCCAAGGCUACUUAUGGUAACGGCCUUCUGAUUGCCGACAUUGAGCACAUGCCUGGUACUGCUUGUGGUGUUUGGCCAUCCUUCUGGUCGUACAACUUUGACGAGGACCCCGUUGGUGAGAUUGACAUCAUCGAAGGAAUCAACGACCAAAGCCAAAACGUGGUCUCUUUGCACACGUGCGGUGCUUGCAAGUUCACCAAGAUUGGUGGUCUGGACGAGCGCCCUAACUGCAACAACGGCGGAACUGAGUCCGAGCAAUGCGAGGACGGCACGAACUAUGAUGGCUGCGGUAGCACUCACGCUUCUGGUUCCUAUGGUUCAGCCUUCAACAAGGGCAAGGGAGGUGUCUACGCAGUCUGGCUCGAAUCCGAUGCACUGAAGAUCUACUGGUUCAACCGUCAGAGCAUCCCUGCAGACAUCAAGUCUGGAAACCCCGAUCCCAGCAAAUGGGGCACUCCCGCUUCACAAUUCCUCAGUGGUUCAGGCUGCAACGUCGGAAAAUAUUUCAAGGGGCAGACUAUUAUUAUCAACACUGCGUUCUGUGGAGAUAACAUCGAUCAGGGCACUUGGAACGAAGAGUGCAAGGCUUCUACUGGAUCUAAGACCUGUGAUGACUAUGUCACCAACCAUCCCGAGGCCUUCAAGGAGUCAUACUGGCUCUUCAACUCAAUUAAGUAUUACCAAUAGUUCUAGCUAUGAUUAGAAGCACGGAUGCUGUUUUCAACGUUGCAUGAUUUCUGAAAGCCGCGCCCAUUUUCACAUAAAUAUAAUGUCACGAAUGCAAGCUGUAGUUAUGUAGUGAUUUAAGUAAAACCUGC